AGAGCACACCAGCUCCCGGGGCAGCUAACCCAAGAACAUGACGCUGUCAUCAGUCUCUCUGCCUACAACAUCAAGCUGGUGUGGAGGGACGGAGAAGAUCUCCUCCUCAGGGUCCCCAUCCACGACAUCGCGUCCGUUUCCUACAUCCGAGAUGACUCCUCUCACUUGGUCGUGCUGAAAACAGCUCAGGACCCUGGGAUCUCCCCCAGCCAGAGUCUCUGUGCCGAGAGCUCCAAAGCCCUUACGUCAGGCUCGCUGUCCGAGAGCGGGGUGGUUCCCCUCGAAGCUUGUUGCUUGGUGGUCCUGGCUACGGAGAACAAAGUAACUGCCGAGGAGCUGUGCUCACUUCUCAGCCAAGUCUUCCAGAUUGUUUACACUGAGUCCACGAUAGACUUCUUGGACAGAGCAAUAUUCGAUGGGGCGUCCACACCGACGCGGCACAUGUCCCUACACAGCGAUGACUCUUCUACAAAAGUGGACGUUAAGGAAUCUUACGAAACGGAAGCAAGCACUUUUUCCUUUCCAGAAACCUUGGAUGCAGGUGACAACUCCCCCUCUUCCUUCUCCACGCAACAGUCUCCGCACGUUAAGACAGUCAGUGAGAGCGAGCUGAGCACCACGGCGACAGAGCUCCUGCAGGACUAUAUGAUGACGCUCCGAACGAAACUCUCUUCCCAAGAGAUCCAGCAGUUCGCAAUGCUCCUGCACGAGUAUCGCAACGGGGCUUCGAUCCACGAAUUCUGCAUCAACUUGAAGCAGCUCUAUGGGGACAGCAGAAAGUUCCUGCUCUUAGGUCUUCGGCCCUUCAUCCCCGAGAAGGACAGCCAACACUUUGAGAACUUCCUCGAGACCAUCGGGGUGAAGGACGGCCGGGGCAUCAUCACAGACAGUUUUGGGAGGUACAGGCGGACUCUGAGCACCACCUCCAACUCCACCACCAACGGCAACGGCGCUGCCGGCAGCUCGGACGACCAGUCCGUCCCUUCGGAGGAGGACGAGUGGGACCGAAUGAUCUCGCACAUCAGCAAUGACAUCGAAGCCCUGGGGUGCAGCAUGGACCGCGAUUCCUCCUGAGGGCGAGCGGGGGGACGCUCCCCCUGCCUCGGAGAGACCCCGCAGCGGUGCCUGGACCCUGACCGUUGCUCCGGAAGAGGUUUUGGGGCUGGAUCAGGAUGUAAUUACUCUCCCAUCC